AUGAGUGAUACAAACACACUUAAUAUUUCCUUAUUUAACGCUGGUGGUAUCCGCUCUGGAUCCAUUGAUCACCUUAUGCAUAAUAUUCAUCCUGACACUCAUUUACUUUUCAUCACCGAGACCUGGCUCUUAUCUCCAGCAUCACUCACUAUACCCAACUCAUGGCACCAAUCACAUUUAUAUGGAUCCAAAGUACAAGAUCGUCACUCUGGCGAAUACGGUAUCUCACUCCUUACUAGCCCUUCAUUCCCUUACUCCGUCGUUACCUUUCCCUUCACCUCCAAAUUCUUUUAUGCCUGCCAAAUUCAACAUUAUGUCCUUUUAUGCUUUUAUCUCCCACCAUCCAUGGAUGAUGAUCUUGCUAUUGAUUUAAUGGAAGAGGCUAUUGCCCCCUUCAUAAACAAUAUCGAAAUCAAAAAUAUCAUCCUUCUUGGUGAUUUUAACGCCAGAUUAGGUAACAUCACUGGAGAAAAAAACAAUACUACUAACUCUCGUUCCAUUCCCUUCUUUAAUUUCAUCACCCAUCAUGGCCUUACCAUCCAAAACAUUGACCUUGCAUACGGUAAACAUACAUUCAUUAACAACACAGGUUCUAGCAUUAUCGAUUUUUUUAUUACAUCCAACGAUGAUCUUACCGUUACACCGUAUAUGGAAAUUCGAGACGACCUUCAUCUAAACUCUGACCACAAACUUGUAUAUUUCUCAUUCACUCAUGAUUUUAAUCCACCAACUGCAUCUAUACCCCAUCCACGCCAACUUUGGAAUAUUCAUAAAUUUAAAGCAUCCCCCAAAAAACGCCAUAUCAGACCCAUUCGUAAAUACCGCCGCUGCAUCUCAUCCCCACUACAAUCCUUGCAAGAAAAAUUAGACCCAAUUCUUUUUCAAGAUUUUAGUGCAUCAGAACAGCAACAAUAUCUAGACGAUAUGCAUGUGGAAUUAACAUCCAUCAUUUAUGAUGCAUUAGAUUCUUCUAUUGGCAAGAAAGAACCUCGUGACCGUGAUUGGAAAUGGUUCUGGACACAGGAUCUGGAGGAUGCAACAAAAAAACGGGAAAAAAUAUACAAAAAAUGGCAUCGAGCACGCAACAUCAAUAAAGCGCUUUACUGGGAUCAACUCCAAGAAGCUGCUGAAGUUGUACGACGUCUUAUCCAAUCAUCACGCAACAAAUAUUUUCGACAAUUCUGUGAUAAAUUAGCCACCAAUGAAUUCAGCAAAGCCGCAAACAAAAUCAGAAGUAUUAGAAGAGGAAAAUCGAUCAUGACGAGUACUCUUCAACAUAUUGAUGGACCUCAAGCAGCUGUUGACCAUAUCACUUCAACAUGGCAAACCGUUUUUAGCGGUAACAAUUUAAAUUUAGAAAACGAAAAAAUACAUAUUAUAUACCCCCCUCCUGACGAAGGUUUCGACAUUGGAAUUCCCUUCAACAUCGAGUCCAUCGCUGAUACUAUUAGUUCACUACCGAAUAAUAAAGCGCCUGGACACGACCACAUCAAGGCAGAAAUGCUAAAACCCAUUUCAGACAUCAUAUCCCCUAUCCUGUAUACAUUUUUUUCUCUCUGCUGGCAAUUCGCCAUUAUACCCUCCGCCUGGAAUAUUGCUCAAGUCAUACCAAUCUACAAACAAAAAGGUGACCCCAACGACCCUAUCAAUUACCGG